AUUAAAGUAGUUAUUAUUAUAAAUUAUUACAGGUCUAGUGAAUCCGGUAGCUUAGCGACAAGCCCAUAUUGAGUGCUUUCGCGUUGUUUACCAUCCUAUCUACUCUAUUUCUAGCAAGAAAUGAAAGAACCGCCGCCCACUCAUGAGUCAGGAACUUUUAUACCACAUUAUUAUUAUUCCCUCUGUUUGAUUCUGAUAGGAUGUUCAUUAAGACCCUCACUCAUUAGUUUCGACGGACCUUCACAUUCACCUGAAUUACUGUGGCAUAAAUCGACAAUUUCAACCAUUUAUUAUUGCUUUCCUGUCAUGUCUAGAGUGAUUUUGAAAACCUGCAUAAGUUAAUCAAAUUUCGUUAUGUUUCCAAACCAUUUUACUGAUGUAAUUUGAGUGGCACAGCUAAAGAGCGUAGAACAUUUUGAGAAGUCUUGUGACUCGUAAGAGCUCGUCUGAGUGGAACAGCUAGCGCGCAUAGACUAGAGCGUCUAGAUUAGGUCACGUGACUCAGUGCGCAUGCGCAGAGCUGCUGGCGGCGGUUGUCUGAGUGAUUUGAGUUUUGUGUUGAAUGUUUAGUGGACGUGUAUGUACAGAUUCUUCUGAUCACUUUUACUUUAAUUUACUCUCAUUUUCGCUUUCUGUUCGUGAUCUGCACUGGAUUCAUCUGAGUGCUAUGAGUGCAGCGUGUGAGGAUGGCGUCUGAAGACGGUCUGAUGUCUCCCGAGUCGAGUGUGACGUCGCUGCUGGCCUCUUCCGGACCCCUGCAGAGCUCCUUACACCCGGAGCCCGUCCCCUUCAUCAAAUACAGAGACAGACACUACAUCUCUGCGUCUGAGGCGCUGGACGCUUACAUCACUGACUUCCAGAGGAGUCUACGAGACGCUGAGACCACGACCGGGAAACUAGAGCUGCCCAAAGAGAGGACAAAACCUCGUCCCAGAAACAGAGACGUGCUGAAGACGAGUUUGACGGAUGAAGAGCUGGUCUUCCUGAACAUUCCCGUCCGGAACAGAGACUCGGACCGGCUCAGUAUGACCACUGAUGACCUCCUGGUUCUCCCGAAUGACGGCUCUCUCCCCGUUACCCGCACCUCGGCCCUCCUCUCCCGCUCUGGGAGCUUUCCGAUGGGAUUGAGCUUCAACUCCAGCUCCCGGUCACACUCCCGGUCCAUUAUGUCCCAUAAACACUCCGUACAGCGUCCAGUUACAGCAGCGAGCAGGAAACCCCGUCCUGUGGAUGAUUUACUGACGGACAGUUUGCAGUCACAAUGUCAAGCUCCUCCCCCUGACAUCCCGCCAGCCAAUCGGACGCUUCCACCCAGAUCCAGGCAUCUCCCGCGCUGGAUGACCAGCCAGAAAUCUGAAAUGGAUUUUUCGGGGAUGUCCAGCGUUCCUGAGCUGAAGUAUCCGGAGUGGCUGAGACAGUGUGAAGGAUCCUCAGAAGGUCAACAGAGCGACCGUCCUCUUCCUCACAGAGUCCCUUCAUGGGUGGGAGAACUGGAAGAGUCCAGUGGAGAUUCUGGAGGUCAGCGAGGGGUCAAAGGUCAUGCAGGAGGGCCGUAUGGAUCCCAGUCCAUCGGUCAGAGCAGUCUGAGAGAUCUGCGUUUACAGUUUGAGCAGAAACUCCAGGCAGCAAAGAGACGACCGAUUCAUGAAGGACCGCUUUUCAAAGAUGAUAAGACUGCUCCUCUGAUCUUCAGAGCCGAGCAGAUGUUAAACUCUCCUUCCUUCUCUCUCUGUGAGCCGCUGAAGGAGCUCAACAGUUCAGGAGACACGGAGGACGCUCUGGACGCGGACCGAUCCUGGGACAAUCCACCCGUGACCUUUAAACCUCCAGUGCCAGUGGGUGGCGCUGAUGAACCUCCAGCGCCCGAGGAGCUUCAGAGGAGCAAGUCUGCAGCUUCCUGUUCGUCAGGAUACAGCAGCAGAAAGCAUCCUGGUCCGGUGGAGGCGCUCAAACACAUGCUGUUCCGCCUGCAGGCCGUCGAGCACAAGAUCAGCCAAUCACACGCCUCCAGCGACGCCAAAACCCCUGCGUCUUCAGCCGCACAUCUGGAGAGAGACGCACCGGAGCCGGUUCCUGAGCAGCAAACAGAAGAAGCUGACCUGGGAAAUGUGGAGUCAUUACAGAGGUCAGGAGGAGCUCUUCAUCACCUGGACAGACUGAAAACACUUGUGGACGACAUGAACGAGAGGAAGGCCAGCGCAGAGCAUGAUGGGACAGACUGUACAGACACUCCUGUAGCUAAUAUCACAGACCGGGCCAGAAUCAAUAAACACUUGUGAAUCAGAAAUCACAGACUCUUUCUUAUUAUCCUACAGAUACAGAGGUUUCAUUGAUCAUAUUAGCUUAAAAAGCUGAUCCUGCUUUAAAGGAUCUUUAAAACCUCAUGAAAGAUAAAAAAUGUAAAUAAACUAUUGAGAAAAGCCGUUUCAAAGCUGUUUU